GGAAGAAGCAGAGAAAGGAGAAACCGCUCUCUCUUGAGCAGAGAAAGGAGAAGAGGUCAGUGGAACAGCAGAGAUAUGAAAGAAACACCUGCUCAUUGCCGUCAUGACGUCGUGUGUGUGUGCUUCAGGGUCAUGAGUUCGUCUUCAUCCGCGAAUGCGCCAGUCGGCGGCCUCACAGCGGCCCAGUCAUCGGCAGUCCAAGAUCUGCUCCGCCCCGAGAACGCCGAGGUGGCCAAAAGCGUGCUGAUCAGGCUGCUGACAGACCCGACCACGAAGGAGCAAGCCAAGAAUGUCGUUGAUGAGGGUCUGAAAGACGUCUGGCGGACCUCAGACGAAGCCACGGGUGAGAGGGAGGUGCAUUCGUCUCGCGUACACAAGUGCAUGCGUCCACACGCCACCUACUUGUGUCACACGGACACCCGAUUGCACGUGUGUGUGUGUGUGUGUGUGUAUGCAAUCAAUGCAGCCCUGUUACCAAAGAAGGAGGGCACGUGGAGCCUGGACAUCAUCGACCAGAAAGACCCCAGGAAGGCCAGGGUGCCUGGCUGCGGCGAGCCGGGCACAGAGCACAAGGGCACCGUCAACUUCGUGACCGGCAAGGUCAGCGUGCCGAUCUACGGCGACGACUUCAACAACCAGCACAUCUACUCCAUGCGCCUGCAAAAGGACCGAAACGGCAAGUACGUAUGCAGGCACGUCAAAGAAGCAUGUGCCCUGGUGAGGUGUAUACUUCUUCAUCUGUUUCAUUCAGGUACCUACUCUUCGAGGCUCAAGAAGUCCAGCGCUGGGGGUGGCGGGACGUCACCUUUGAUAUGACGGCCAAGGUGAGGCAGACAGCCAUCGACGACGCGUACAUGGGCAUGAGAAGACCUGACAUGAAUUCAUUUGUGUCUGGUGUGUGUAGGUGCGUGUCCAGGUGAACGGCAUGGGAGAGGAGCGUUUGGUCGGCGACGCCGAGUACACCUGGACACAGCGUCGCAAGCCCUACCACGAGCGCAGAGAGAAAGACGGAGAUCCUGACUGGGAGAUCGACAGUGAUAGGGACGGGUCCAAGGACCUGUGGGAGUUCACCAUCGUCGGGGGCACCUUCCAGCCUCAGGAUGGCACCGAUGGCACCGCGUAGUCGCCAUCCAUUGGCGGGCACACCCACGUGGGUCCCAUGUAGAAGGACAGUGCUUAGUUUGGCGACACGUUUUCUCUUACCAUCUGUGUCUAUAGAGAGAUGGGUCUGGGCAUUUAUGUAGGGAUGUCUACGACCGGCAGGCGUCACGAUUCAUGUGCACACCUGAGUGCGGUGUAGACAGACAGGGGCUUCUGUGCGUCGACGAGAGACGGACGGAAGAGACAGAGAAGUGCUAUUCGUGCCUGAGUGGGCUACUUGGCGUCACGGUGUUCCCUACCCUCAUGUACGUAUGAUGCAAUCAUGUGGCUCUGUGACUGGGGGGUCUGCUUGAUCAUCGUGGUGGUUGUGCUCGUGGUGGUUGUGCUGAGCAGCUGAAUUCGCUGGCUGCGUGCUUGGUAG